CUAGCUGUUUCUCUUCUUCCAUAACAAAGUACCCAAAUCCUCUCCACCAAAAAAGAAAACAAGAAUUAGGAUUUCAUUAUUAUAUUAAUGGUCAUUAGUAUGAACGAGAUGAACAGUUGUAGCAUUAUCCUCUUCUCCAUAUUAUUUCUACGAUUCUGUGCUCCCACAUCAAGCAGCGAUUACUCUAACGCCGUCGCCGGCGCCGGGAAUCAGAGACGGCCGUUGUCCUACAAUGGAGACGCUCUCGCCGUGGACCCGAGCCUAAGCUUCGGCAACCGGAGGUUGGAAAAUGCCUACAUCGCAUUGCAAGCCUGGAAGGAGGCCAUAAUAUCUGACCCGCUCAACAUAACAGGAAACUGGGUCGGAUCCGGCGUCUGCCACUACACCGGCGUGUUCUGCUGGCAGGCGCCGGAUGAUCCGUCGGAGACCACGGUUUCCGGGAUCGACAUCAACCACGGCGACCUCGCCGGGACUCUGCCCCACGAGCUCGGCCUCCUCUACGACAUCUCCCUGUUCCACAUCAAUUCCAACCGAUUCUGCGGCACAAUUCCGUGGAGUUUUGUGGACCUGAAGCUCCUCUUCGAGCUGGACCUCAGCAACAACCGGUUCGCCGGGAGUUUCCCCGGACCUCUUCUCCGGAUGCCCAGCCUGAAAUACCUGGACAUCCGGUUCAACGAGUUCGAGGGAAGACUCCCGGACGAACUCUUCGAGAGGGCAUUCGACGCGAUAUUCGUCAACAAUAACAGGUUCUCCGGCGAGUUGCCUCGGAACGUAGGGAACUCGCCGGCCUCUGUGAUUGUUCUGGCGAACAACGCUUUCCGGGGUUGCCUGCCCCAGAGCCUGGGCAACAUGUCGAGGACACUGAGCGAGAUGGUGCUGUCGAACAACGCCUUCCGUUCGUGCCUGCCCGGCGAGAUCGGCGGGCUAGAGAAGUUGAACGUGCUUGACUUGAGCAGGAACGAGAUGAUGGGGGCGUUGCCGGAAAGUAUGGGGCAAAUGAGGAGCCUGAAGGAACUGAAUUUGGGACAUAAUAUGUUCUCCGGGGAGAUCCCGGACGGAAUAUGCUCUCUCGGCGGCUUGGUCAGCUUCGGGUAUGAGCAUAACUACUUCACGAGCGAUGCUCCGGCGUGUCUCAAUUUGCCGUCGUACGACGACAGAGAGAACUGUUUGAGAGACAGGGAUGAACAGAGGCCGGAGUUGGAAUGCAAGAGGCUCUUGUCUGCCGGCGUUAAUUGCAGCAGUUUCAAGUGCGGGCCCGAUGUUCCUCCGUGUUCGCCGCCGGGUUUUUCCUCCCCGCCACCGCAAGCGAAAUCUCCUCCACCACCGCCGGCGAAACCACCGCAAGCGAAAUCUCCUCCACCACCACCAUCAUCACCGCAACCAUCCCCGCCGGCAAAACCACCGAAGGCGAAUUCUCAUCCUCCUCCUCCGCCGCCGCAACCGCCUAUUCCCCCGCCACCCCCAAGUCACUGCGAUUGCAAUUCAACAGCAUCUCCUCCUUCCCAAAACUGGCCACCACCAGCCAUCUCGUCUUCUCCCCCGCCCCCACCUAACGCUUCAACGCCACCGUGCUCAGAACAAGCGCCGCCGCCACCAGCUCUAAUUACUCCAUCGCCAAGUUGAGUUGAAGGCAGAAAAGUGUUGCAUUUUGUGAGUGAGUGCCAAACACAGCCACCCGAUUAAAUUGUUUUAUUAGCACGACUCAGCAGCCAAAUUCCCAUUUAUGUGUAUGUGGCGUUAAUAAUUGGAAUUAAGGUAGGGUACACCAAAAUGGGGUACCCCAAGUGUACACCAAAGCCAACACAGACACACACAGACAUUUUGUGUCUGUGUGUGUCUGUGUUGGCUUUGGUGUACAUUUGGGGUACCCCAUGUUGGUGUAUCCUAGCAUUGCCCUAAUAAUUGAACUAUAUCCUA